AUGCCCUGUUCGGCGGCGCGCGCCGCUGCGGUGUUCUACCCGAUUACACAAUCCGUGUGCAAAGCCAGCGGAUCAGAUCCUCUCCAGGGAACGGAGUCCAAGUGUGGCAAGUUCCUUGUGGAGUGCUGCUACCAGGCAACGGCAACUUCUUCAUGCAUGUUCCUGACCGGUGCAGCGCAGAACUACUUUGUGCUGAAACUGGCAGAGGAGGUGGGAGUGGAAAUUGAACAUCCUUUCCAGAGCUGGUUCAGAGCAGCGCUUGCUCCGGCCCUUGUGUCUUUCCUUGCAACGCCGAUGAUUGCUCUGCGCUUGAUGCCGCCAGAGUCAAGGAUGACCCCGGACGCACCAAAGGCUGCUCGUGAGCAGCUGUCUUCCAUGGGGCCGGUCUCCGAUGAUGAGAAGAUCUUCGGUGCGGUGAUGAUGUGUAUGGUGGGCCUUUGGGCCACAACGUCUUUGCUUCACAUCCCACCAGUGGUUACCGCUCUUUGCGGCUUUGCCGGGCUUUUGCUCACGGGCGUGCUGACCUGGGAGGACUGUGCAAGCAACAAGGCUGCGUGGAGCACGCUCAUUUCGUUUGCCACCUUGGUUGGUCUGGCAGAGAUGCUGAAGAUCUUGGGCAUCGUGGAGUGGUCGUCAUCUGUGGUGACCAGGCAGAUCGCCGCAGCCGGCCUCACGCAGGUGAGUGCCUUUCUCAUCAUCGUUGCGGCGUAUUGGGGUGUCCAUUACCUCUUUGCCUCUCAGGUGGCGCAUGUAUCAGCGCUCUUCCAGCCCUUUCUUAUGAUGCUGGUGCAAACUGGAACUCCUCCAGAUGCAGCUUUCUUUGCACUCGCCUUCGCCUCCAACCUGUUUGCAACAUUGACACCCUAUGCGUCUGCGCAAUCAGCGGUGAUCUUCGCGGGUCAGUAUAUCCGGGCUAAUGAGUGGUACAAG